AUGAAAUCAAUCUGGGAAGGAUAUGCCUUUUUCAUUUUAUGUUUAACUCAGGUUUUAUGGGAAUCAUAUCUAGUAUGGGCAUUUGUGUUUGAUGAUGUUUUGAGAAUAUUGCAUUUUCCAUUCCCAUCCAAGUAUUGGGCAGCUAUUAUUCCUUGUUCUAUUCUGUUUACUAUAGAGUUUAUUUUUUUAUUUACUGUUAUACAUUCAUUGUUAAAAACAGAACCAUCAAAUUCAAUUAAUCUGGUUGAAGAUGAAUAUUCAGUUUUUCAAACUAAAAUUACAAAAGAAUCUACAAAUUAUAUGAAUGAUAUAAAGAUCGAGAAAAUUAACAAACUAUUAUAUGAUACAUCUUUAUAUAUUGAUUAA